AUGUUCGAUUCUAUUGAAGAUUUAUUAGAUUUACAAUUUGGAUCUUGUAAGUUACAAAUCCAAGUCCCAGCUGAGGGAGAAAUCACUAAGGCUGAACAAUUGGUUGGUAAGAAGAUUGUCAGUUCAUUCACCAAAUUGAGUACCGAUUAUUUCAAACAAUUGGAAAAGAUUGAAGAUGAAACUAAAUUAACCACAAAUAUCAGAUAUGUCGGUGGUUCGGUUGAAGCAUCUUGUGCAUUGGGAGUUGCAGACGCCAUUGUUGAUUUAGUUGAAAGUGGUGAAACUAUGAAGGCAGCUGGUUUGACUGCAAUUGAAACUAUUUUGCAAACUUCCGCUCACUUAAUUUCUUCCAAGAAACCAAAAUUCCCUGAAUUGGUUGAAAGAAUUCACCAAAGAUUUGAAGGUCUUAUGGCUGCACAAAAAUACGUUUUAUGUAACUACAACGCUCCAAGAUCUAUUUUGAGUACUGUUUUACAAAUCACUCCAGGUAGAAGAUCUGCAACUAUUUCAGCUUUAGAAAAGAAGAGUGACGAAAAUGAAGAAUGGGUGGCUGUUUCUUCUAUGGUCGAAAAGAAAAAGAUAAGUGAUAUCAUGGAUGAUUUGAAAAAGGCUGGCGCAUCAGACAUUUUAGUGUUUGACAUCGGUAACUGUAGAGUUUAA